UUGCAUUAUUUGCAACGCAGUUCACAAGUUUUGCACAAGACCUAAAUAGUAAUAUAUUCUCUGUGAAUACUUAUUAGGUACCUACUGAAUCUGAAUUCUGAAUCGAUAACAAGGUUAUACUGAAGGUUGUACUUGUAUAUUUGAACUUGUGGCUUUGUUUGGGCGGUCAGUGUUCACACUUAGUGGAUUUGAUAAGGUGCGAAAAAGAUGAUUACAGGAGAAUCUAAGUUUUAAUAGGAAACUCAUUAAUCAAGCAUGGAAGUAACAAGGCAAGUUGGACCAUCAAACCAAGGAGAUGCUACAUCACCACCAGCAGAAGCACAUGUCUAUAGCACAAGACAUUUUACAAAUUCAAAUAGAGGAAAAAAACCUAAAGACAACCUUUCUGUAGCUGAUACAUUGAAAGUUUAUGUCACAGGAUUUCCAAGGAAUACAAAAAUAAGUGAUAUUAAGAAUGCCUUCUCAUCAUAUGGCAAGGUCAAAGUCCCAUUUUAUGGGCCAAUAUUUGCUGUAGUGGCUUUUGAUGAUCCUGAAAAAACAAAAGAUGCAAUAUUACAGUCUCUCAAACAUAACAUACUAGGAAUGCCAUUAAAAAUUCGUCCAUUUCUUAGUAAUCAAAAUGUAGACGCAAAGAGAAAUUCGGAAGCAAGCAAAAUCAAAGGUGAAGGAAUUGAACCUAGUGAACUCAAUUUGACUGGAGACUUUAAAUCACAGUUGGUCACACUAGUAUCUACAGUGAUAAUCUCAGAGAACAAAUUGAAUAAUCUGUCAAACCUCUAUAAAGAUCUGGAAAAUGUGCUUGGCACAUAUUGGCAGGGUUGCAAGGCGAUAGCUUUCGGCUCUACUGCAACAGGCCUUGGAAUCAUAAGUAGCGACGCGGAUUGUUUUAUCGAACUACCAGAACAUUAUAAAUCUGAAAAUAAUGUUUAUGUGAACAGAGCGAAGAAAAUUCUCAUGGAGUACCCCAAUAUAUUCACACAUAUCAAAGCUAUUCCACAUGCCCAUAUACCCAUAGUGAAGCUCUUCCACAUUCCAACAAAUACAAACUGUGAUCUAUCUUUUAAAACUCCCCUGGGCUGCAAUAAUAGCAAACUGGUUGCUUUUUUGCUUAAAACCGAUGAAAGGCUCAUACCCGUUAUGAUAAUGAUUAAAUACUGGGCACAUACUCAUGAAUUGUCCGGCUCUGGGAGGCUCACUAAUUACGCGCUUACAAUGCUUUUUAUAUUCUACCUACAACAAGCACCUUCAGUACUCCCAUCCGUGGAAUUCCUCCAACGCGAUUCUGCUAAUGAAGUUAUAGUAGAUGGAUGGAAUGCAGGUUUCUUGAAGGAUGAAAAUGCAUACAAAUCAUAUAAUAAUAACACUCUAAAUAGUUACGACAUGAUUGGUGGAUUCUUUGACUUCUAUGCUAACUUUAACUUCAAGGAAGAUGUAGUCUGCCCAUUUUUAGGAUAUACUAUAAAAAAAAAACUUUUUAUGCAUGUUGACGAACUUCCGGAUGAAAUGUACCGAUACAAAAAUAAUGUUACAGAAAAUAACGUGUUGCCAUUCAAAUACCAGACACCUAUAUGUAUUCAGGAUCCAUUUCAAUUAUGCCACAAUGUGGCUUCGGUAAUUGGGUAUAGGAAGGCUGAAGAGAUAAAAGCCUUUUUUGUUUUCGCGGCCGAAGCCUAUAACGAUCAAAAGUCAGUUGACGGGGUGGAUUUUUUAAAGUCAGUGCUUCUAAAGAAACCACCGGUCCAACGAAAAAAAAAGUCAUUGAAUAAUAAUUAUCAUAUGAUUAAGUUCUUUGAUGGUGUUUUUGAAAAAAUAGAAAUCCCUGAUUGGAUAUCAGUAGUCCAAGAUUUUGCUUUGGUGUUCUUUGAACAAGUAUGUAACAUAAAACUAACGAAAACAGUUGUAAAUGACACAGUUACUGGUGAUGCAGCAACUAGCUCUAAAGAUACACAAUCGUAUAAAUAUAAGGGGACAAUUACCAACGCCUUCUGGAAACAGAAACAAUUUAAUGAAAUCUACAAAAGCUCAGAUGACAAUGAUGUUAAAAAGCAAAUCUGUAUUACAAAGGAAAUUAUGAAGACUGAUGAACAGUUUAAUAAUAUUGACAUGAACGUGAGAAUGUGCUAUGAAAAGGAUUUGAAAACAGCCACGUUCCAUUUCCGUUUAUUGAGUGGGGACAUAGAAGCAUUUAAAGAAUUUGGAAAGUUUGUUGGGGAUAUAUUGAUGGAAUGGUUAUUAGAAAUGUUAAAGCCUCAUUUCCGAAAAUAGGAAGAGAGUACAUCGUCAUUAUUAUAAAAACUUCUACAGACCAACCAAAAAUUCAACAGUCAGUGAUACCUAUGUAUCUACCUAUAUAAUUAGCUAUGUCGUAAUGUUACAUUUAUGAUCUCAUACUCUUUAAGUUAGUUUUGGUUUUUGAAAGCUUCAGCAGGAAUUUUCUGUUUUUGGCGACAUGUAUGAUUUCUUUCCUGGCGAUUCGCCAUUAUGAUGGUGUAGUUGUAGGUAUUCAGCAUUUUGGUAGAGGCCUUAGUCUCAAGUGAUUAGAUUCAAAGAUAGUCUCGAGAUAUUCAUUCAGGAGAUGCUUCUCGAGGCUAUUUGUUCUUAUCAGGGCAAGGUAUAUAUAUAUAUUAGAUAGAGCUAACGGGUAGCUCAGUAUUUGUGUAAUAAUCCUAGAAGUGAGGGUUUUCACUUUAAAAAUAUAUAAAAUUGUUUAGAUUUCCAAGAGCGACUGAGCGUUGAGCAGGUUAUCAACUGUAAAGUAGAUCCUGUAUAUGAAGCCACAACCUGAGAGUCGAACAAAGCAUACAAGAUUGUAUGACGAUACGUCACUCAAACGGUUAGCUCAGUUGGUUACAGCACUGGCAUGGAACGCCACACAAUCCCGCAUUGUUCAUAAAAUUUUGUUUUUCAAAUUUUAUUUGUGUAUUAAUCCUAGAAGUGAGGGUUAUCACUUUAAAAACAUAACAACUUCCUUGGGUAUUAUUUUUCAACUUCUAUAUCGUUAAGUGCAGAGCUAUUGGAUCUUUUGUGACUGAACUUCGGCACUAUGAAGUGUUUCAAUUUAUUACUUUAAUUAAUUAAGAUACCCUUUAUUUUUCUACAAAUCAACUUAAUUUUAUAGAAUAAGAAAAUUACUACAUAAUAUAAUUAGCAGAUAAGAUAAAUGAUGAUUUACGAAUGGAAGUCCCUUAUUUUUCAUUGUUAUUUUUGCCCUCUGAUUGACUUCUCCUCUGGUUUCUAUGUUUAAUCUCAAUCCUAAAUUGACGAUCCGAGAUUAAAGAUGUUUUCGAGUCAUGUAUGUUUAAGUAAGUACAUUGUAUUAAAUAUAUCUUUGUCUUGCAACCAAUAACACAGGCUAUAUAUGCCUAAUUUGGGGUAAGAUAAUUUGCGUAAAAUGUGUGUCAAUAUUAUUAUUAUUAAUGAAUUUCUUCCUUCAAUAACGUUUUGAUUACCAAACGUUAUUGAAAGAAGUUAAGUACGUAAGUUAGAAAGUUAUCACAUAUAAGUGUGAAAGUUAUCACGUAUUUAUUCGUAAAAUUAGCUUGGUAUGUCUUUUAUUACGUAUCAAAAUCCAUAAGUCUUAAAUCCUACCGCGUUUGUGCAUUGACUACUUUGAAAUACUUAUUAUAAUAUGCACUGGUUUCUUAAAAUGCACAUACAAACUUUGUGUCAGCGUAAAUCUUUUUUUAAUAUCUGUGCAAAAUACUUCAAAGUGCUCUCUGAGUGUUCAAUCAAUGUCGUCAUGACUCACAUCACUAGGGCAAAGGGACAUUCUACUAAUUGGGUGUAUAGAGUGGGGGACUUAGUGCCACAAAUUGCACCCUUGUUAGGAACUAUCUUCCAUUUGUGAACUAUGUACUAAACCUUUUAUGAUUUCUUUUUUUUUUGUAAAGAAUAGUGUUUAUACUUUUUUUGUCUUAAUAAAGUUUUUGAAUAAA